CUCACCCCAAUCCCAAUUCUUGAAUGUGGAAGGCCCCAAACAUUAAAAUGGCUUCCUGCGUCCGCCCCGGCGCCUGCCACUUCACCUUGCCACCUGUCCCACGUCCCUUCCCAUUAUUCUGCAAUCUUUCGAGAAACUUCAUCGUGUCCACGGAGAGACUACCUUACUCUCCUGCUCGUCAGGCGACGCAUCGCCCUCCUCCUUGAUUAUCAAGGCAGGACACAGCUUGCGCUCCGCAUACCACUGACACACGCGGAGUCUCCAGACAGGGUCUCUAAGGUAGUAUUCACAAGGCCACCUCACUUACACAGGAGCAAUUUUUGUGCCUUUCGUCGAACCAGCGCAAAGUCGGCCUUGGGAAUAACCUACAGCGAAUACGACAAAAGGCAUAACUAGCUACCGUGCAGCCUUACCUUACCUUACGUCUUGUCCUUCAAGAGAAGAAUAAGGAGUCUGGGGUCUCAAAGUCCUGGAUAGAGUAUCCGUACGAAAUUACGAAUACUUUGCGAGUUUACCUUAGUUUGCGAACGAGUCAUCGCCUACUUCCCCGCCAAUCACAGCUGGCCCCUCAAGGUACCAGCACACUUGUAGGCUACCGUUCAAAUCCCCCGUUCCCAAGGUUCCCACGGCCCAGGGGCCUUCAGAAUUUCAGCGGCCAGCCACCAUCUCGCGUUGUUAGCUCCGACGACCAGUCUCGUUCACUGCCCUGAAGGCUGAAUCCGCCUACCCGCCCGCCCUUGGCCGACCAAACUCCCGACCUCUGAACUCAUCUACUUCGGGCUUCACCACCGAAGAACCGCACCGCCGACCAACCGCCGUCAUCUCCAAGGGCCAAGAAAGCACAGCUCGAUCCAGCGUGUCCCCUCGAGGUGCCAGUGUCUCCGUUUUCUUGCAGCUUUCUGCACCCUGUUCCUACUCCCCAGGACCUACAGAUACAAAGACAGUUUCGGCCUUUUCCCCUUGCCUAGGGAAUCUUGUUGGAAUCCCAUUGCAAAGGUACAUACCUACCUUACCUUCUUUCGGCCACAGUCUCUCCGACCGUGCCUUGCCUGACACAUACUGCAGCCAAGCUACCUGAGCCCAGCUGUGAAAAGGGCCAAAGGCUACCUACGGAUACCUGUCAGCGAAGACGUACAGACUUGACUUUGACGCCAUUCCGCUGCAGACCUGCCACCGUGCCAGCAAAGGAAAAAAGGGAACCUCGAACCCCCACCCUGCUGCCGCUGCGCUGCUUCCAACCCCUCCGAUCUUCACACCCUCCAGGGCUUCAACGCCUAGGAACGACUGGUCGGCUGGUUUACCCCCCGCGUCUCCGAAUCAGAGUCUCGAUUUCAUCCCGCCUCCCUGCAACCCCCAAAACCCGGACACUACUUCAUACGCUACACUAGGCGAGAGAAGAGCUGGGAAGGCGCCAACACCGGCAAUCGCUGCACAGCGCUGCACGGUCUUCGUCGACGACCACGGUCCGCCACACACCGACCACAUCCUGUUUGUUGCACAUGCUCAGCCCUUGCGCCCCAGGUACAGACAGGCCCUCUGGCGACCCUCACUAGCGACGACACGCUCAGCUACCCCUACCAGGCUGCUCUACAGAAUACGAUAUUGGCAGCUCGUCUUUACGGGUCCUCUCCUGCGACGUACUGCUCGAUACUAUCUCUGCCAUCCUCUGUUAAAUCUUUUUGAGCCCGUGUCAUCCUCGAUUACUUCUGUCACGGACUGCUGAGAACAAAACCUUCGCUGUCGGUAUUCUACCUCGCGUGCGCCAACCUGGUCAAGGCUUGAACAACUCGAGCAGGCCCAGACACAACAUUGGAAAGGUGAUGAAAAUUCUCCACUCAACACCCACCACUCGACUAGACUUACCCACUUGUUCCGGACGUUGACAUCGGUCAAUUGGUCCAAAGUACCUCUGUACCUCGAAGCUUGGCCGACCCUGCCCUCGUCCGUCGUCCUCAUCUCUUUUUUUCUUCUGAUUUUUAUGAAAAUCUUUUAGCUGCUAUCCGUCUACCCCACGGAUAUGUCCUAUUCAUAGACCUCCACACUUUGUCGUGCUUGGCGGUCACUGUCACUCCAGUCUCUCUCCCCUCUUCUUCACAAGAAAAGAAGAGACAAGAGGUCCGUCACCCUCCCAGAGGACGGACAUCACAAGCAAACCCUUGGCCAAGUUCCCACCACCACCACUACCACCACCACCACCACCACCAGUCUUCCACCCCUACCACCUACCACACCCAGUCCCAGCACCAUCCGUACAGCCGUACGUAAAGUACGGACAGACAGACACCCAGAACCCUUCAGCUUCCGCUACCGGCCGGCCCAGCUUUUAGCCAUCGCACCCACGGCAUCCAACCCAACCAGGGGCACUGGACUAACACGGCCCCCCCCAGCCCACGCCAAACAUUCUGUAACGAGACCGAAGAGCUCCCGCUCCACGCUCCAGGGCAAGAAAAUCCCACUUUCCAGGCCGACCCGACCUACCAUAUCCUCGUCCUCGACUCGACCGUUUCUUUGCACGCCUGCCGACCGCCGAUUGUCUUCGAUCUCUCUCCUUCCCAAACUCUCGUGGCGGGGGAACUUAGAAUCGCUUUUUUCCUCCCAACCAUUUCUCUCCCAUUUUGCUGCUUGUUUUGCCUCGCCCGACAUGAUUAUCGACGGGGAGAAGUAUGCCUGCGAGGCCUGCGUUCGGGGUCACCGUGUUAGCAAUUGCCAACACUCUGAUCGUCCCCUUCAACAUAUUAACAAGAAGGGUCGCCCCGUCUCCCAAUGUCAACAUUGUCGGUCGAUGCGCAAGUCACGCUCUGCCCACAUCAAGUGCGAUUGUGGUGAGAAGACAAGCAAAUGCGCUCACCUGCAACCUUUGGCCGAUGGCCAUAGAGAGACUUGUUGCUGUAACCAUGGUGGUCGCUGCACUUGUAGCCACAAGAAAGAACCAGCCCUCGACACCGUCCCCGAAUCCGACUCCGACAAGGAAGCCAUCGCUCCUCGGCCGAAGCCGCCCGUUCGCAGGCGGCGUGCGAACACGGUCCAUUCUGAUGGCAUGUUGACCUUCGACGAGCACGGCCAUCACAAACCAGCACACAAGCUCAACAAGGCUUCUCAGAAGUGCGGACCUUAUCAACUCAACCGUGUCAAUUCCUUGCAUAGCACCAGUAGCUUGGGCAGCCACUCCCCAGAGCGCAUCAGUGACAACCCUCUCAAGGAUCCCGUAUCGGGCCGCGUCGCACCUGUUCCACAGAGACUAGUCAAGUCUGAAGCUGCUUCUCCACUCAUGAGAGGUUCAUCUGGUUUCCAGCAACUCAACAACCAGCUCCCGCCCCUUGAUCUCUCUGGCAUUGAGUACCCGACAUAUGUACCCAACGCCUCUUUCGACCUGUUUGGCGGAUCAGGAAUGUCGUCGGAUCACGAUGCGCCGAUCUUCAGUGCUGGGCUGAGCGCUGCAUCCGUAGAUUGGAGCCAUAUCGAUCUCACUGACAGGACGGACAAGUUUGCUCCCUCGAGUUACAGCCAGGCUGGCGCUCAGAGCUUCAAUGGCAUUUUCGAUUUCGGUACGGGCUCCGAGCCAGCCCCUACCCUCGCCGCGACGACUUCGACGUCUGGGGAGGUCUCUGAAGUAGAGGACAACUUCAUCGCUGGCGAUAGUGACUUCGACGGCUUCGGCACUGGAAGCAACAGCUUUAUUCACCCGGCGAGUUUCCUUGCUACUGGAGCAGACCUGAGCACGAUUGACUACGACAGCUUCGCCAAAUCAUCGAACAACAAGUUCAUGGCAGCACCUUCUUCAUUUGAUGACGGCGGCCCGAUUGCUGGCGGUUCUCUCACCUUUGAAGAUGAUCCAGCGUUCUGGGGUCAGCAAUUCAACGACGGCAUCGCCACAUACCAAGAGUCGCCAGAUGGCCUGCCUCAGUUUCAGCCGGAACCCUGGACAAUGCCGUAAGCGUUUUGAUAUGACGACAGUUUCGACGCUUGCACGCCAAUGAUAUCCAGUCCAACAACUUUUAGACGGCAAGUACAGGCGCAAGGGAUGCGAGCAUAGGCGUGACGAGAUUUUGUGGUGGACGACUGGAUAGAUGCCCGCUACGAUAUCCAUACCUUGGAGUUGGCGUAGACCUCUUGUUUUUCUUCGACUUUGUUUACAUUUUACUCGGACAGCAUUAGAGGCUAUAUCUUUCUUAUGUUUUGACGUUAGGCUUGACCAUGGGACUGAAAAAGAAAAAAGACGGGGCGGGCGGCUCAAAAAAGAGUGACAGCAUCUCAUUAUCAUUACCAUCAUCGAUUGGACUUGGCGCAAAGGCAACUGGGUAGCAUCUGGGUGAGGCUAUUGGGGAUGGUUUGGUUACAGACGACGACGAAUUAUGUAUGUAGGCCUUGGAAACCGGAUUUCAGUGUGCAAUUGGCUCACCCUCACGACAUAUCGUUUUCCCUCACUGCAAAUGAACAAGCUGUAUAUAGAGAGACACCAGCGGUUUCAAUUCCUUGUUGUUAAAGUGCGAGGCAAUCAAAAUAGUAUCUAUAUCUAGGCGAUUG